CAAAAUCCCUAAAUGAAAGUUUUCUGAAGGUUUAAAAUCCAUCUGCGAAGACAGGCCUCUUUUUUCACUAAAAAUGUUAUAAUCUUUGUCGGAGGUCAAUAAUUAUUCCCGCGGCUAUCCACCAUACAAAACGUUUUACACAGACCUGCAUACCUCUUUCAACCUUUCAACUGUCAGGGACCAUUGGCCAAAGAACCAAUUUCAAGUGUCACAGAAGAAAAGUUACUUUAUUUGCCUCUCCAAACAAAAUUGCUGUUAUGUGACAGUUUUUGAACACAUUCUCGGCUACUGCCCUGGAGGAGAAGUUUAUCGUGGGUAUCGUGGAAAGAAGCUCUCUCCUUAAUUUAUUUGUCAUAAGCAUACGUGACACGUCUUUAACUCAGGCAGUCAAAGAUUACUUUUUUCCACGGAAAAAAGACUGUACACAAAUUGAAAAAUUAAGUCUAAGAUACAUAGUGUUUAAAAUGUCAGGAACCCUUACGGGGAGGAAUGUUAGUCCUCUACUAUCCAGUCUUAUCCAAUUCCAAGGACAUCAGCUCACUGAUAUCUUUAAGUUUUCCAACCGUACAAACCUGUUUUAAGUCGAUUUGCUGAUGGAACCUACAUUGGAACGUUCAUUACAAGAAUUUCACCGGCCCCUUUCCCCAAAUCCAUAAUGAGGCCUUUCUCAGUUAAUAGACAAACACUGAAAAGUAAUCACUAACCAAAACAGCUGUCCUUAAUUAAUUAAACAUGACCUUUUUUCAUGCGCAGAUCAAAUUGUUGCACGAAAUUUAAACAUUUAGUAAGACGUCGCUCGGAGCAAACCCACCGUUACCAAACCUACAUCAUAGAGAGAGACAAGGCAUGCCAUUUCCUCUAUUAAGAUCUCGACAACAGAAACUGAUGGUCUCAUUCAGUAGCUUGAGGUUUUGACACGAAAUUAAUCUUUACCGAUCCACGUAGGACGAAGACAUUAUGCCCUUUCAAUUGAUUUUGACUUCUAUCCUGUUUCUCGCUGUACUACAGAAAGCAAAUGGGACAGCUUCCUAUACAGGCAAAAGCAGUUUUCAUCGUUGGUCUGAUGCGGUGAAGAAUUGUCAGAAAAAUAGCGGUGGUUUCCUCGCCAAAAUCAAAAGCUUAGCUGAGCUUCAAAAUGCAAGAACUGCAUUUUUACCACACCAACACCCUGAGGAAUACUGGAUUGGUAUCAAAUACGAUACAACGGAAGAUAACUUUGUUUGGGGCGAUGGCACUUUAGUAAAUCCAACUGCAGCUUUUGAAGCGAUUGUCAACAGAGCUGAACAACAAUCAUCGAGCGCUGAUAAACGAUGCUUGUAUCUUACAACACAAGAUGUACUAGUAGCAGAAAAUUGUGAGGAACAUAAAAAGUAUAUUUGCCAAGUUGGUGAGACAGCUGAUCCAGUUGAAGCAAGCUCAUCAAACAAUAUACAGGCAGCAUCAACGUCAACGUCGUCUGUCUUAUUACCAUCGACGGUGGCAGAGGCAACAAUAGCAGCAACCACAGUAGUUCCAGCGACGACGAUAACGACAACAACAACAAGUACAAAGACAGGAAUUAGAUCUUAUUCAUAUCUGACAUCCUCGUCUCGGUCAUCACCUGUAUCAUCACUCAUGGUUUCGCCAACAGCAUCACUACAAAGUUUGUAUUCAUCUGUCUCAUCAACGAAUCUGCCGUCAUCGAGUUCGUCUUACGCUCCUCAAAAGACCCACCCUACGAUCACCACUAUUGCUGCUUCUCACACGCUAAGUUUGGUCGAGGAAUACACUAGUGAAAUGAAAAAGAUCAACGCUAGUGAGCCCUCGUCUUUAGAGAAUGCUAUAAAUCUCACUUCUAAGCUUGUUAGAAAGGCAAGCACUUCAGACAACAAAGUCAAUAUUCUUGUUAGCUUUGAGAAACUGGAAUCCUUGGCACUGAAUUAUGCUAGCCUUCAUUUGACGUCGCGGAAUGGUUCUGAGGCAGAAAUUUCAAUUGAACGGAAAGAAUUAGGUAUGUCAUUGAUGAGAGUUCCUACUGAUCACAAGAGUGGUGUCAUUUUCCCGUCCCAAGCAAAUACUUUUAACGAGAGCUUUAUUCGAGAAGAAGAGGGAGCUAUUACACUUUCUUCUAGCAUGUUUGAUCAAGAGCGAUACGUGGUCUGUAUUUUGUACAAAAACGUCGCUGAUUUAAUGCCUGAGGGAGCAAAUAACGUCGAUAACAGCAAGGAGUCCACCAUACGUACUCGGAUCAUAUCGUGUACAGUAAAACCAGAGGUUCAAGGCAGCUUUGAAGAAGACGUCGUAAUUAAGCUUACUAACACAAAGGAUAACUUAACAGCCACACAGACAAGCUGUGUAUUUUGGAAUUUUUCGAUUAGCACAAAGUUUGACGGUGCGUGGUCCCAAAAGGGUUCUAAAUUGGUCCAGGAAACCAAAGAGCGCACCACAUGCAGCUGUAAUCAUCUGACAAAUUUUGCUGUCUAACUGGAAGUGGGUGAGACAAAGAUUUCGGACGAUCACAAAUUUUCACUCACGUUGGUAACCUACAUUGGACUUUCUCUGUCUUUGGUCGGCGAGAUAAUCACCAUAUUGGCCUACUUGAUUUUACUGAACCUGGAGUCGUCUCAGUCCCAUAUCCGGUUGAAUUUGGGGACAUGCCUGGUUAUCGCCCAGUUAGUUUUUAUGACUGGUAUCAAAGCCACUCAAACAAAGACGUUGUGUGCCAUUGUCGCUAUAACAAUAAAUUACUUCUAUCUGGUUGCUUUUGCAUGGAUGGUUCUUGAAGGAGUGAUGCUCUAUUUAAAAGUUGUUAAGGUCUUCAAUGUGGACACAAGUACAAAGUUCUUCUAUGCCCUCGCUUGGGGCAUUUCAACGAUGGUGGUAGCGAGUACAUUUGGUAUAACUGUCAUCAUCGAAGGGAGCAUUGACAACAGUAUGCGUGAUGACGUCUGUUGGUUUUCGUUCUCUUCUGGUUUUAAUUGGGCUUUUGUUGGAUCCGUACUUUUUGCAUGUUUGGUAAACUUAGUCCUCCUCAUACGUAUCAUAGUGGAGAUAACGAGGCUGAAAGAUGUAUCUGGGGCCGCAGAGACUCAUUCAUGCAGGAAAAGUCUAAUGGCCUGUGUAGUUCUUUUCCCAUUACUUGGCCUCACUUGGAUUUUUGGGAUUCUGACCGUCACAGACGCUGGGCUGGUCUUCCAAUAUUUGUUUACUAUUUUUAACUCUUUACAAGGCUUGUUCAUCUUCCUGUUUCAUGUUGUGCGAAGUAAAGAGAUCAGAGCCGCCUUAGAAACAAAAAGGCAAAGAUGGGAAACAUCAAGAAGUGUAUCCAUGGCGGCAAAUGAAAAUACAACAUCGAGUGCUGCGAAAGAAAAACGACUUUUUACGCUCGUGAACAAGAUUCGUCCAGAGACACAGAAAAGUAUCAGUACAACAUUAACCACAGUUUUAUAAGUUGUCAGUUAUUGCAUAAAUUGCAAUAAUCAACAAUCUAAUCUCGGAAAUUUUUAUGAAUCUCCAAACAAAAUGAAUAAACCAAAGUUUGUAAAUCUUACCCAACUUCACUCAAACAUUUCUAAGCUACCGGUCCAUGCCAGUCUGCUUAACCAUCCUCGUUCCUUACUGAUUUUACCUCAAGCUUCUUAUUUUUAAUACUAUUAUCACGACGAAUUAAAUAUAAGAGAUUGAAUAUAAUGGUUUCCUUAACCCUUGUACACGCAGCAUCUAUAUAAAAUUUCCCUGUAAUGUCUGCAAUAAUUUCUUGUGAUUUCAGCUCUCGACUGAUAAUUUUUUGAUCAAACAAAAACCCUCAACUGGUGUUUACCUUACUUCUCAUGACCAUUUCACUUGAAAACGUAUUCAUAGUGUGUGGAGCAUUUCCUUUUUAAUAAAUCCUAGGGUUGAAUGUUUCUCUGAAACAAUAUCGUUCAAGUCGAACUCUCCGCGAAACCUCAAUCGUAAUGGCUGAUUGCCAACAAAUCCCGAAUCACGCCAAUCAAGAAAUAUGGCUUGUAAACAUUCCUUAAACUUUUAAUUGCGUGGCGUGAUCAGCUUUUAAACAUUUGGUAAUUCAAAGUGACUUAACGCAAUGAACAAAGCCAGCGGCCGUGAAUAGCGUGGUUAUUCCAAGAAAUCACGCCGUGGUUCAUUUUAAAGUAGGUCAUUCUGAAAAGAAGGUAAAGACAAUUUUAAAAAUGUAAAUAUGGAAUUGACGUGAAUGAUCUUACUUGUUCCGCUUAUCGGU